AUGUGAUUACUGAUGGGUGUGCCUGUAACUGACAGCAAUGCUAACAUAAAAAUUGUCUCAUUCCUGCGAAUACUAGCUCUAUGCUUAUUAAUUAUAUAAGUGAUGUGAUAUAAAAAAGAGGUAGUAAAAUUUUAAUAACAGGCACUGAAAAAAUCCUGAAAUGUAUUUGUAGACACUGUAUGCAAGUCCACGUUAGAGUGGAAAGACUGGCACGGUGAGUGAAACAUGAGGCUCUCGCUCAGUUUGGCAAUCAUUCAACGGCAGGAAGUUAGCAGCUGGUAAACCAGAAGGCCAGGAAGGCAGUGGUUUCCUGUGUUCCGGUUGUCUGGCAGCCACGCCACCUCUGCCGGAGAAUACUUUUAUGUGUGCUGGAAAUGUUUUGUGAAUACUAACCCAACCAAGCUAUGCCUGGCUCAUACACAGCUCCGUUCGGCUCGAGCGGGCCGUUUGGGUUCGGUGCGCCGGCUGCGACGACGCCCAACUUCUCGCUGGGAGGGGGCACCACCACGACCACCAGCACGGGGCUGGGGUUCGGCGGCCUCAGCUCUGCCGGGACGGGGUUCGGUGCCCUGGGGGGGUUCGGCUCCGGGGCUGCCGCCUCCUCCGCUCCGGCGCCAGCGUUCGGCUUCGGGUCGACACUGGGUGCCCAGACCUCCGCGGGCAGCUCCCUCUUCUCCGGCUUCGGCCAGCCGGCCGCCACCAGCGCUGGUUUUGGUGCAAAGCCGGCUACUGGCUCUUUGUUUGGUGGUUUCGGCACUGGUCUUGGUGGAUCAGCAUUUGGACAACCACAACCACAACCACAGCAACCUCAAAUAAACCCUGAGGAAGCUCUCUACAAUGCUGUGACCAACUGCAACAUAUACGGCGAUGAACGAGAUUCGACGUUAGUGCAAUGGAACCAGCUUCAAGCCUUCUGGGGUGUGGGGAAAGGUUAUUAUUCGACAACUGCCCCGCCUGUGGAAUUCACUCAACAGAAUCCGUUCUGCAGAUUCAAAGCCAUCGGCUACAACUGUAUGCCCACAACAGAAAACAAAGAUGGCCUGGUGGCGCUAGUCUUCAAUCAGAAAGCCACUGAAAUUAAGAAUAAUGAAGCCAGUCUCAUAAAUACUCUGAACAUCGUUCUUGGAAACAGGCCUAACCUUACUGUAGUUAUCAAUAGUGUGCUGUCUACAAGCGAAACAAAAACCCAAGUUACUAUUUAUGUUCAAGAAAAGCUUCAAACAGGGGGCACGAGGCGGGUGCUGGCCUCGGAGCUCGCCGCUCACCUGCAGAAGGUGGCGACCCAGCAGCCGACCAGCCUCAGUGCGGAGAGCGUGCUGGCCGUCGUCCGGCCCGACAAGGACCAGCUGACGGAGUAUCUGGAGCAGCCCCCCGCCGGUGUCGACGCGAGGCAGUGGAAGCAAGCCCAGCUAAACAACCCCAACCCUGCCAGGUACAUCCCUGUGCCAAUGGUGGGGUUUGCAGAGGUGUGCUGGCGGCUGAAGAGCCAAGAGCAGGAGACCAAGCGGCACCGGGCAUUCCUGGACAAAGUGGCUGAGGAGAUAGCAUCGCUCCAGAGGUGCCACAAUGCCACUGUGGUCAAGCUGGCAGAGAACCGCCGCAAGUUCGUCGAGCUGGAACACCGGGUUCUGCAGGUUGUAGUCAAGCAAGAAAUAUCUAGGAAGAUGGGUUUUUCUUUAACGCCAGAAGAAGAAGCCUUGCGUAGUAAACUGGAGAGCAUACAGGCUCGUCUCAACACUCCAACUCAGUUGAAGGGUCAACUGAAUGAGAUACUGGCCCAGAUGCGCAUGCAGAAACAAGAUUUGGCCCAUAGAGAUCUGGAGAGGUAUACUUUGGAUGAGGGAGUUCGUGAUGAUAUCAAGCAGUUGCUCAAAUUGCAGCAGAAUGGAAUGGCACACCUCAUGCAGACAGUUCAUGCUGACCUCAGCAGCUUGAAGCUCAUCAAAGAUGGCAUGCUGCAGGUACUCCAUGGCCAGUAAUGAAAUUUCUUGGAAUGUUAAUAAAAUCCCAUGUGUUGUAAACUUAUACAUAUUAAAAAAAAUGUUACACUAUUUUCUGAAAAUAAAUUUGAUUGCAUUGAAA